AAGCAUGUCUGCGCCGGAGGAUGUGAGGCUCUUCAGCAGAGUCUUGAGUCUUUGGAGAUAAAAUCUACGAUCCGGCUCUUUCAGCUCUGAACUCUGUCCCGUCAUGGAGCCCAACACUGUACCGCCCCCGUCCGGAGGUCGAGGCAUGACCGCCCUGGACAGAGAGGCCUUCACACAGACCAUCACCGUCCCAGCUCUGCGAGUUCCCACCGCAGUCCUCAACAAGGUGGUGAAGAGCCUGAAGAAGUGCAGCAUCCAGCGGCCCGGGGUUCCCCGAGUGGUCCAGGACAAAGAGGAGAGCGGCGAGUUCCGCCUGGUCCUGCUGGACCCUCACAGAGUGACCACGGCCGGCUCCUUCAGCGAGGCCGAAGCCGAGGCGCUGAGGUCCUUCAGCGUCUCCGACGAGCUGCAUCAGUACGAGCUCAAGCUGACCUACGAUAACCUGAAGAGUGAGGAGGUGCUGGAGGCCGUGCUCCCUCAGGGUCAGGACGUGACCUCUGGGUUCAGCCGGGUGGGGCACAUCGCACACAUGAACCUCAGGGACCAUCAGCUGCCCUACAAAAACCUGAUCGGUCAAGUGAUCAUGGAUAAAAAUCCCGGUGUGACGUGCGUGGUCAAUAAAACCAACAUCAUCGACUCCACCUACCGCAACUUCAAGAUGGAGGUCCUGGCCGGAGAGGAGAACAUGGUGGCCAAGGUGAAGGAGAACGGCGUGGCGUACGAGUUCGACUUCUCCCGCGUGUACUGGAACCCCCGGCUGAGCACGGAGCACCAGCGGGUGGUGCAGCUCACCAAGCGCGGCGACACCGUGUUCGACGUGUUCGCCGGGGUCGGGCCGUUCGCCAUCCCCGCCGCCCGCGGCGGCGCCAACGUGCUGGCCAACGACCUGAACCCGGAGUCGUACCGCUGGCUGCAGCACAACUGCAGGCUCAACAAGGUGGAGGGCAGAGUGCGGAGCUUCAACCUGGACGGCAGGGCCUUCAUCCGGGGCCCGCUGAGGCAGGAGCUGCCCGCCCUGCUGAGGGGGGCCGCCGGCGUGCACAUGGUGAUGAACCUGCCGGCGCUGGCCCUGGACUUCCUGGACGCCUUCAGGGGCCUCCUGCGCGGGGAGCCGCCCUCCGGCCGCGACCCGCCCACCGUGCACUGCUACGGCUUCUCCAAGGACGACGACCCCUCCACCGACGUGGUGGCCCGGGCGUCCCGCAGCCUCGGCGUCCCUCUGGAGAACCGCUGCGACGUGCACUUCGUGCGCAACGUGGCGCCCAACAAAGACAUGCUGUGUGUGAGAUUCACUCUGCCUGAAGAGGUCCUGUACUGCAGCGAGGAGCAGACAGGUGGGGAAACAGUUUCUGUUGGUCACAAGUGGCUGACAGGUGAUGGACGACCGUGUCGAGUGGAUGCAUGUGAGGACGGAAACCCGAUCCGUCUCCUCUGAACCAGGAGACGAGCUGCUGUAGAUCAGAGCAGUUUAUCAGACCGUCACAUUAUGAGGCAGGUGGUCAUAAUGCAGUGGCUGAUCGCUGCGUUAGUUUUUAUAGCUUAUCUUUAACCUUUUUCAAGUUGAAAAGUCAUGAAUAUAAAAUCUGUAUGUGAAAUAUUUGGAGGAUUUCUUAAAAAAAAAAGAAAGUUCCAUAUUAAAAAAAAAAAAAAAAAAAACCUUCCACCACAAACCCAUAAUUUAGAGGUAACAAAAUAUACC